CCACCGGCGGCACCUCAGCCACUCGGUGCUCCAGCGGAGGCUGCGACCAGUACUGCGAAGCAUGCCGACUCGGCCGCACCGAAGCUUGUCCGCACCGUCGACCUUGCGCUAGCCGACCCUCGUCCUCCGCCGACACACACACGUGUGCCGACCGCUGACAGCCGGCCCUUCGGCCUGCCCGAGUCGGCGCCGCCCCAACGCGAACAGCCGAAAGGCCGCACUUCAUCCUAGACUGCAGCACUCCAGCCGCAAAAACGUGGGAGGAGGUGAAAAAAGGCAGUUGAUUUCCUGAACCUGUUGGAGAUUUUCACCAGAAAAUUCAAUCCCAGAUGUAAAUUACUAGUUUGCAAGACCACCUAUAGAUCAAUACCUUAUUAAGUUUUCUACUUCCUGUGCCUGCGGCGGCGAAGGCGCGGGGUGGUGGUGGCGGCUGCCGGGAUGCUGGCCGGCGCCUCCGCAGCGACCGCCGGGCCCUCGGGGGUGCGGACGGUCAGCGGGGGCCCUCUCGGGGCGCCUUCGGUGCCUGACCAGAGCACGCUGCAGCAGCUGGCGCGGUGCGCCGAGCUCAGGGCCAGGGAGGAGCGACUGCUGAGAGAGGUCGCCGCCGCACUCGGACACGGCGAAACACAACGACACUCCACCCCCACCCACAGGGUCAAUAUAGCAGAAGUGGAAGAUUUGUACCUGCGUUGCACGAGCGACUCUAUGUACAUUUUAGACACGUCUCACGACAUUACCCAGCAGCAGCUGGGCCAGCAGGAGGUGGAGGCGGCGGCGGCGGACGAGCCCGAGAAUUACAAUCAGAAGAGGAGAUCGAGCACGGAGCUGUACCGCGAGGCCGCGGCCAUUUGGGGCCUCACGUGUCGCAUGAGUGAUAGCUGCAGAUGCUUAGAUUGUCAGAGUCGGUACUUUGACUGCGACUUUGAAGACGAAGAGAGGCCGCCGGACUUGGCCGCCGGCGGGCCAAUUUUGUUCGACCACGUCCUCAACCACCCUGUCACCUGCAGUCUGCUUUAGUUCCAACCUUGACGUCAGAUUACUAAAUGGACUAAUGUGAUUUUAAAAGAGAUUAAAAUGAGUAACCGCAGUUUUGAGAAGAAAGAGUGUUUGAAGAUCAACGAAUGCUGAAUUUCUAACCUAAAAAAAUAAUUUCAAAAUUAUUCUCAAAAAAAGUAUAAACGAUCGAUUUUGAAUUAUUAAUAUGACGAUUAUUUAGAAAGAAAAUUCCUCAAAUAAUUGUAUAAUUAAAUUAAUUAAUGAAUAAGAUUUCGAUUGAAAAAUUUAACAAAUUUCUUAAAUUUGUUUUGCCGCAGUUUGGGGACGCAAUUCCGCACAAUUUGCAACAAGCGCGGCCAGAUGGGCUUAUUAUGUAUGAGGCGUAUUGAUUUUUCCAAAGGUCAGAGCUGAAGAUAUUUGGCCGUGCGCCCCGCCGAGUGCCUCGGAAAAUGCGUGAUGCUGAUUCAAAUCUUCUGUUCGCUUUCGGCGGCAAUUAAGUUCUGCCCCGGCAAGAUCAUUAAUCACUUGUUCCGGUCUAAUUGUAAACGAAUAACAAACAAAGUCAACUUAAGGGAAAAAUCUCUUCUGGUGUUUCAAUGUUUUUCCAUUCACGAAAAAAGAGAGCUUUGCGAAUUUCCCAACUCAGAUUUUUCAAAAGCGUCCACGUUAUUAGCAAUUUUUAGUUGACAUGUGUUUGGAGUAUUUUUUUUUGUAAAUACAAAUUAACACUGCUGAGAUUAUUGUUAAUAUCGACUAUACACACAUGGCAGGAUGAUGACUAAUUAUUAAGCAAGGGUUUUUACGACAAGUGUGUAAAUGUGCAGUGUUUAAUUAAAAUAACAGACACAAUUCUAUUAUAAUCAGCCCAUAAAUGUAAGUGUACGAAAACGCAAAAAGAAUUCUAAAGCAGCCUUUUGUGGGCAGAAUUUAUUACCUGUUAAUUAAUGAUAAUUAAAAAAAAUUAAUGGUUAAAUUACAUUAGCAUAAAAAAAGGAAAAGUUUUAGUAAGCAAAAUAAGAAGUACAUUUUUACUGUGUCCCAUUUCGUAAAGUAUUAGAAUUAAUUAACAAAAAGCGCGACUAAAUUGAUUUACUUUGGUUAUUUCCUGUCGCUGUGGUUGAGCACAAAACAAAUAAUUGCUAUUAAUCAUAAGUAGAGAAUUGCCAAAAAAAUAUUUACUCAUCGUUGACUAUAGAAACAUUCAAAUUUUAUCAAAAUGCUCAAAACUUUUUGAUGGAAAGAAGUAAAAAUAAUUUGAUAGACAUAAAAAAGUACUUGUAUGCAUAAUAUAAUAAGUAAUUAUAUUUCUAGCAAAGGAAAUUUGCACACUCAAAAUGCAGCUAUUUAUUUUGUGGUUGAUCACAAGGAUUAAAAUUACAAACAAAAGAAUUAUCUGCGCUUUACGGAAAUAAAACCAGUUAAAAAUCCCACACUGAAUAUUUCCUCAGAAAAUACACGAUAAGUAUAUAUUCAAUGAAGCUGAAAUGUGAUUUUCAUAUAAAAAAAAACGGAGAAAAUACUCUUCUAUGUAAAUUAAAAA